AUGAUAUCAUUCUAUUCUCGUCUCCCCGUCUAUUUACUCCUGCGACGAGGAUUGAACACAGCAUCUGCUUGGAUUCAACCUCCUUUAGCAGAUAAACAUCGUGAUACAAUCACGUCAUGCUGUGCCAUUGAAGUUACGACCGAUCGACUAAGCUAUGCGUCUUUGUGCUUGGAUCCUGAAAAUAAAAAUUCAGUUAUCCUUUCCAGCUGGAACAGCCUUUCACUCAAUUUACCUUCUGGAAAAGAAUUCAGACCGUCUAUGUGUUCCUCUGUGGCAUAUAAUUGUACGAAUAUAAUUAAAGACAACAUUCUAUCUAGUAACUCUCUUGGCGCAAAUACGGAUAUUAUUCUUCGGCCUAUCACAUUAUCAUCAACUACAACUCAUAACUUAGACAUUCGUACUAUUCAUCAAGCUGUAAUCAUGGGUUAUCUUUUAGCAUAUCUGUCAUCUAAUAUUAACAAUAAUACAUCAAAAAGUCAAUUAUACAUGUCCACUAAUUGUCCAUCAUUGGAAACUUUAACAAAAUGGACUAAUCAAUCAACUAGUCAUUGGGCAACUUAUUUAAAUGAACAAUUGUUUAAAAAUCAAUCAGAUAUUAUAUUCUCUUUACUUCCUGUAAAAUCUAAUCGUGUAAUUAAAGCUAGUAGUAGUAUGUCAACAUCAACAAAAACUAUACAUAAUACUACUAGUACUAAUAGUAAUAUUAAUAAUAAUUCAUCAGAAAUAAUUCAAAUGCUUGUACACUCUUCACAAUUGCUUUCAAUCUAUAAAUGUUCCAAUUCUAAAAAUCAUAAACAUACUAGUACUGUACAGUUUUUAUUGGCUAGAUGUUUAUUUACAUGUUUAAUAAUAUCUGUCAAAUUACAAUUGUACAUAGUGAAUCUACAUCCAACAAGUAUUGUAAAUGAGAAUAUAAUUCGUCAUAAAACUAAACGAUGGGCAUAUUAUGAAAUACAUAAAUGUGGUCGUAUUAAAGGAUAUAGUUGUUUGGAACAUCGUCAUUGUUAUGAACGUUAUCUACGUCAUGAUAUGGUUUGCUUUGAAGUUUAUCCAUGUUUAAGUUCAUGUAUAUUUAUUGCUCAGCUUCAUGAUGCUGAAAAAUUGAAUGAACAAAUUAAAAAAUUAUUAUUAGAUGGCGUGCCAGUCAAUGAUCACAAUGAUCCGAUCAAUUAUGUACGUGAACAAACAGCGAAAUUAUCAAAAGAAUUAAAUUUAACUUUAUCCUCCUCCUCAUCAUCAUCGUCGUCGUAUGACACAUCGAAAAUUUCAACACCAUCAGCAUCAGCAUCACUGUCUGAAGUGUCCAGUUGGAAAUGA